AUGGACUUGGCCUCAAAACUCCAACUCAUCGACCUCCGCUCUACUUUCCUCACCGGUUCAUCCCUUUUAGACUCUCGCAAAACCAGUCUCCGUCCUCGUUUCCGCCCAAUUGCAACCCAACCCCUCAUACCCACAAAUUCUUCACUCCAAACCACCACUUUCUUCAACCCCAAACAGACCAAAUACCAUAGAAUUUCAGCUAAAUUAUCAGCCGUUGCCGUCGAAACAGCCGAAACCAGUGUCAAAGAUGAUAUAGAAUCACUUUUUUCUGACAAUUCAGCGAAUGAAAAUGACUAUAAACGUGUGGAUAAGCAAUCGAAAAUUGGUGCGUCGAGUAUUUCAACGGGUGUGAGGUUAGAAAAUGUGAGUAAGAGCUAUAAGGGUGUGACUGUAUUGAAAGAUGUGAAUUGGGAGGUGAAAAGAGGAGAAAAAGUAGGCUUAGUAGGUGUAAAUGGAGCUGGGAAAACAACCCAGUUGAGGAUUAUAGCUGGACAAGAAGAACCCGAUUCGGGGAAUGUAAUUAAGGCAAAAUCCAAUAUGAAAAUCGCUUUUUUGAGCCAAGAAUUCGAGGUUUUAGGUAGUAGGACUGUGAGAGAGGAGUUUAUGAGCGCAUUUAAGGAGGAAAUGGAGAUUGCCGAGAGGUUGGAGAAGGUUCAGAAGGCGAUAGAGAAGUCUGUGGAUGAUUUGGAAUUGAUGGGGAGGCUUCUGGACGAGUUUGAUUUGCUUCAGAGGCGAGCUCAGGCCGUGGACUUGGAUGAGGUGGAUGCAAAAAUUAGUAAGUUGGUGCCAGAACUUGGGUUUGAGCCCGAGGAUUCAGAUAGGUUGGUGGCGUCGUUUAGUAGCGGGUGGCAGAUGAGGAUGUCACUUGGGAAGAUUUUGCUUCAGGAUCCAGAUUUGUUACUUUUGGAUGAACCCACAAAUCACCUUGAUCUUGACACAAUCGAAUGGCUUGAAGCUUAUCUUAAUAAGCAAGAUGUGCCAAUGGUCAUCAUAUCUCAUGACAGGGCCUUUUUAGACCAGUUGUGUACAAAAGUUGUGGAAACUGACAUGGGUGUUUCGAGGACAUAUGAUGGAAAUUACUCCCAGUAUGUAAUUGCAAAGGCAGCAAGGAUUGAAGCCCAGUUUGCAGCAUGGGAGAAGCAGCAAAAGGAAAUUGAUCAGACAAGAGACUUAAUAAACAGGUUAAGUGCAGGAGCAAAUGCUGGCCGUGCAUCCACUGCUGAAAAGUUCGUUUUUCUGGCCUUACACCUCCGGAGAUGGGCUAAGGUGGGAGCGAAUGGUGAGAGAUCUAGGAGGCUGGUCAUCAGGACUGGUGGAGGGAAUUGCUUCAAUCGACAUAGAUAG